AUGUCCUCCAACAAAUAUCAUUUGAAAAAGCUGGGUGUUCAGAUUGACCCUGCUCAGCUGUACAUGGUUUACCGAGAAGGGGAAAAAUACCGCCAAAGGCGAAUGCCAUUGCGAAAUUUUAGUCCAUCUGUAAAUUGUGAGAAAUUCGCUCGGGAAUUCAAGAAGCGCCACAGUCCGUACCUGGACCGAGUGGCGAAUGUGAGGAUUGAAAAGCUGUUGAGGUUGGUUCAGGAAGGCAUGGAAGAUGUGGAUGAUUUCAUGAACCGCAUUGAUGAAUUCCGGGCGAAAAUCAAUGCGGAAUUUGAGGUGGACAGCACCAAGGAUCUGAACAAGGUGUCUAGCGAUGAACUGCGAAGACAUAAGGAAUUGAUGGAAGAAAGUUUCGAUCGUACUGCAGUUAGACCAGGAGAUAGAAAUUUUGUUUACGAUAAACGCGUAGAUUUUGAGAAAGCUUCUACCAAAAAGUUAAAAUCUGAUUGGGAUUCCGAUAACUCGGAUGUCAUGGAGUUUCCCGAAGAAGAAGAUGCUGUUAAAAGUGGUGAUAUUUUCGAUUGUAGUGAUAAAAUGGCCGUCGGGAAAAACAAGGGAUUGGCUAAAUCUGGCAAAAAGGGCGCCAAGAAGAAGAUCGUUGAUCCAUUCACCCGCAAGGACUGGUAUGAUGUGAAAGCUCCUUCAAUGUUUAGCGCUCGUCAAAUUGGCAAGACGCUGGUGAACAGGACGCAGGGAACAAAAAUUGCUUCCGAGGGCCUCAAACAGCGUGUUUUCGAAGUUUCCUUGACGGACCUGCAAAAAGACCAAGAUGCGGAAAGGUCUUUCCGCAAAUUCAAGUUGAUCGCUGAAGAAGUUCAAGGCCGACACGUGCUCACCAACUUCCACGGCAUGGAUUUGACUACCGAUCGUCUUCGUUUCAUGGUUAAGAAGUGGCAAACCCUGAUUGAAGCUAAUGUCGAUGUCAAGACCACGGACGGUUACUUGUUGCGUCUGUUCUGCAUCGGCUUCACUCACCGGGCUCAAAACCACGUGAAGAAGACGUGCUAUGCACAGCACACCCAAGUAAAGUCGAUCCGGAGAAAAAUGGUCGAGAUUAUGACGAAGGAAGUGCAGAACAGCGACUUGAAGGACGUUGUGAACAAGUUGAUUCCUGACUCCAUUGCCAAGGACAUCGAGAAGGCUUGUUAUGGGAUUUACCCUCUGCACGACGUCUACAUUCGCAAGGUCAAGUGCAUUAGGAAGCCGAGAUUCGACCUUAGCAAGCUGUUGGAUUUGCACGGAGAUGGUGGGUUGAAAGCGGCCGGAGAAGCUGGUGCAGCUGGAGAAGGCGGUGUUGUGGUCGACAGACCCGACAACUACGAACCCCCGAUUCAGGAAGCCGUUUGAGAGAAAAGCUUCUUCGUGCCCUUUUAAAGCUGGAAAAAGAGAUGAACGGAUUUUGUUUCAUCGCGUGGAAAUGAAGUCUGUCUUCUGAGGGA